AUUAUUAUCUAAAAGGUGCCUUGAAGGCACAUAUCUCUACCUAAAUAGUAGGCCUACAUUAUGACAACGUCCAUCUUUUCUCUAUAACGAAAUAGACUUUAGUAAAGAUAUUAGUAAAUAUGUUUUAUUUUACUAUUUCUGUGAAUAUCAUGGUGCCUGUCAGCAAAAGUGCCUGUAUUGUAUUGUAUUACCAUAAAAUUGUAUUCUCCACUUUUAUGGUAAUAUGAUUGUAGUAAAUGCAGUACUCUAUUUCUCCAGCAGUAGGUGGUCGUGUUAAAUAGUGAUAGAUUGACUGCUUCACAGUCCAAAAACGUGAUUGCAACAACAACAGGCAGUUUAAAAAAUGUUUUGAAUACCUGUCCAUUACAAAUUAACACACUGUAAAGAUGGCCAUUGUAGAUAUUCAAAGAUAAACUAAAAUAACAAUUUAAACUUUAUUAAAACUUAACAGUACUUAAUGCUACUUCUUUGCUGCUUUAUUCUAAUAAAAAUGUAGAUACAUUGUCAUUCUUAUUGUUAAACAAUAUUAUAAAUAUAUGAUGAAUCAUAAUGGCAAUAAACAUACACAGCUUCUUGAAAUUGAAAAAAAAAAAAUCAGGAACAUGAGAUUUCCCCUGCUGCCUCAUAACUUAUUUCUUAUUGUGUUUGUGAGAAGCAGGAAGAAUGUGAGCUUGUUCACCACAGACGACUGUCAGUGUGCGAAAGUGAAAGGAUAUAUCACAUAUCGCAGAGCGACUGCAGCUUAGUGCCCUGAGACACACAGGUCGGUUCUCGGCAGUGGCUGCUGGUGAUGGAGCUCUUUAAGGAAGCAGAGGACUAUCUAAGGACCUGUGACAUCACACCUGUGACUGAGGAUGAAAUGGGGGAAUCUGACUUACUACAGGAUGUGUUCAGUGAGGAGACAGACUGGGUAUCUCACAGCCCUCUGCAAACCGAACCACGCGAGUCAUCAACUCAAAUAUCUGAAAGCCCAGACGAGCUGCUACAGAAGAGAAUGGUGGUUUUGAAAGGGCUUCUGACCAGUGAGGAGAUCUACCUGACAGAGUUAGAGACACUGCUCAUGCCCAUGAAAGCUCUGAAGGCAUCAGCAGGUACAUCUCAACCCGUGUUGUCCACCGAGCAAGUUCAGACUGUUUUCUACCAAGUUCCUGAGCUUAGAGACCUGCACAAGGAUUUCUACACUAGCCUUAAGACCAGACUGAAUAAUGAUAAAGGGCCAGAUCAGGGGCUUGGAUCACAAGGUCAGAGGACUGAGAACGGCGGAGAAAUGCAGUUUUACCAAGGGCACCUUCAGUUACCUGUAGGAGAUCUGUUUCUUAAAUUUGUUAACCAGUUAGGAGUUUACCGGGGCUUCAUUGAUAACUAUGAGAACGCACUGAGGAUUGUGCAGAAGGGUAUGCAGUCAGAUCAGCGCUUCAGGACACUAGCAGAGAGUAUGAUGUCAUCCAAAGGGUCAGACAAUGUCAAAACGAAAUACACUUUUGAAGCUCUCCUGUAUAAGCCGUUAGACCGAGUGAUGAAAACCACCCUCGUGUUGCAUGAACUGUGGAAUCACACGCCACCCGAUCACCAAGAUAGCGUCUCGCUGCAGGAAGCCCUUCGUCUCUCCAGCAGCUUCCUGUCGGGGGUCAAUGAAAGGUCCCAGUGUAAAAGAGCUGUCAUGCUCAGCAAAGGAGAGAGACGUCAACUGAUGCGUGAUGGGUUUGUGGUGGAUGUGUGUGAGAGUGGAUACAGCCUUAGACACCUCUUCUUGUACACGGACCUGCUAUUGUGUGUCAAACUUAUAAGUGCCGGGAAACAGGCACACUACAAGUUUUGCUGGUACCUGCCGUUGGUUGGCCUAAAGCUGCAUUGGGCAUCUGAACAUCUGCCCUCAUCAGAAUGCCAAAUAAAAAUCAGCAAAACCAGAGCUAAAAUGUACCAGCUAAAACAAGCACUCCAGCAAAAUAUGAAAGGUGGCAGGGGGUCAUUUUCAUGGGCAGUUGAACGAUUGAAGCGGAAGCUCGAAGACUGUGAACUAUGGCUUUUAACAAACACGCCGUCAUUUACUUUAGACCUUCACAGCAGCAGUGGAAAGAGUCAUACCAUUAGACUUUAUUCUUUGUAUGAGCUGGACGAGUGGAAAGAGGCCAUUGAGAUACAAAGUGGAAAGAGUAUAGAGACGGUUCCUCCAGACCUUCUGUCUGUUACUAGUUCCUGUAUCAAACUCAGAAUGACUCAACAACCCCCCCUUCACUGCAUUAAGCCUAACGGCAGUGCACACAUGUGUGGGAGCAUAUAUGUGAUGGUUCAUUCGGCAUGUGGUCUAAAACAUCCAAGCAGUGCAUAUGUGUGUGUGGAGGUAGAUGGCUUUGAGUUUUAUGACAGGCGGAAACAAACCUGCCUUUCGGCGUUUAGUGUGACACCGGUGUGGGAUGAGGAGCUGGUCUUUCAAGUGGAUGGAGCUCAGCAGCUGUUACUGGUGUUUGUUUCUCAAUCUGAAAGUGACUCAGAGGACAACAUUUCGGGCAGAGCUGUGUUACAACUAAGUUCUGACAACAUGUUAAAGAAGUGGAAGAAACUUACUUGUUCUUUGGGGGAAAUCGAUGUAACCUUGUCAAUCAAGUACCUGCCCCACCCUCUUGAACCUCCUAGCUCCACCCCUCUCAUACCGGAACCAGUGUUCUGUGUGCAGAUUGGACAAGUGGCAAAGCAAGAGGGCGUAUUGGUCCCUCACGUUGUCCGUUCCUGUGUGGAGGAGGUUGACAGGAGAGGACUGAAUGAAGAGGGCAUCUACAGAAUCUCAGGAGUUAGUAGAGAGAUACAAGACCUCAAGCAUGCAUUUAACACUAAUUACCGUGAGGCUGUGAGUAAACUGAGAAGUGUAGAUGUAAAUGCAGUGUCAGGCACUCUCAAGCUGUACUUCAGAGAACUUCCUCUACCUCUUAUUCCCUCAGAUCAUUUCCAGGCCCUCUCAGCGGCACUGGACAUUGCUGACCCAUGUGUCAAGGCAAAUCAUAUGCUGGCUGUCUUGCAGGCCUUACCAGAUGUAAAUCGCAAUACCUUCCUCUUCCUCUUACACCACUUGAGACGAGUUGCAGAGAGGCAGGAAACGAAUAAAAUGCCUUUGAGUAAUUUAGCCACAGUGUUUGGUCCCAGUCUCUUGCGCCCCCCAGUGGAUCGUGUUGACAUAUCUCAAGAAGUGGAAGUUCAGGUUCAAGUGAUUAAUCACUAUCUGCAGUGUCAGAACCUUCCAGAAGCUCUUCUUACUAAACCCCUGGAGAUAGAUGAGCUAACAACAACAGAAUAGCAACAAGCCUCUUGUUAACCGGAUCACCAAAAUGUCUGUGAAAAGCUAUGGAUUGAAAGAUGAGCCUAAUUUUUAAAAGGCAUAAAGUUAAAUAUGUGUGAUGAUGUUUUCUUUAACAUUUUAAGCAAAAUUACUUUAUUUGUAUAAUUUUCAAACAAAUUAAGUAAUUUGUUUUUUUAAAAAUGUAAAUGUAUUUGUAUACGUUUCAUAUUCUCAGCCUAUGGUUGAUUGUCGGGACAGGGUUUGGGGAGUCAGCUGUGGAAAUGCAGCACAGGGCGUAAUAAAGACUUUUUUGUUUCAAAGGCAACCUUCAAAAUAUUUGGUAAAAUCUUAGAAGUCAUUUGUUUGGGGUGCCCAUGCUUUUCCAUGAUGCUCCUUUUCCUUUUAUAUAUUAAAAUAAAACAAAAUAAUACACCAAAUAUUGACAAGAAUGCUUUAUCUUGUAAAUUAAAUUGAUGCUUUUUGGGGAUAGUUUAACUUCUAUCUGUUCACAUGGGUGCCCUAACUUUUGCAUGGCACUGUACAUUUGUAAAAAAUUAUGUAUAAAUUUCAGGUUUCAAUGGCAUUAAAAGAAACUGACAUAACCAAAAA